AGGACACGAGAAAUCAAUCUGUUUUUGGAAACGAAUGAUUGAACACAGAAGUCCUUGUUCAAACUGCUGAUUGAGCUCAGUCGAUGAUGCACAGAGAACUUCGCGCUUGAUAAAGCUCGAAGAAUGCUUUUGGGAAGUUAAACAUUCGGGAGCAUAUUUCACAUUUUAACCGGGCCAUGGGGUUGCACUGUUUGUUAAAACGGUGUGGCCUGCGCAAUGGAGCAAGAUAUUCUUCCAGUUAAUCUUCAGUCAAUGUAGUGCGCUGGCCAGAAUUGAUAUGCUCAGGUACAGGAACGUGAUUUGGCUUGAACCACUUGAUUCGCAGUGGAGACGAAACUCGCCCUCUUCCGACUGCGCGGCAUCGCUGAAUAUUCAGUUAGACUUGAUUCAGGACUGACACCCAUGCACGGUUGCGAUUUUGGAAAGGUUUAUUUUAAAAUACCGGAGUUGGGAGGCGGUGCAGUGGGAGGGAUUUUGGGAGAAUCGAGGCGGUACCCUGUAAAUUGAAAGCUCCAAGCGUAUGACUAGUCUCCAACUCUCUCCCUCCCACCCGUUCCCCUUGCAGUGGCUGUGUGCGUGGGUUAGUGUGGGUGCAGUAAGCGAGCUCAUCAUAAAAGCUGCAAUUUUCGCUUACAGACAUCUCCGCGUAUUCAUACCACCGCAGUUUUGCGUCAUAUAUUGAAAUCUUUUACUACCGUUAUUUUUGCCUUCAGAUACUUUUUUCACGGAUAACUCUUCUUUCAAUCGGGAAAUCUUGUUUAUGGUUUUGCCUGGAGCUUCCAAGAUGUCUCGUACCGACGAGGUCCAUCGCAUAACGGAGAAUGUCUACAAGUCCAUCAUGGAGCAGUUCAACCCCUGCCUGCGCAACUUUAUCACCAUGGGGAAGAGCUACGAGAAGGCCCUCUCCAGUGUGACGUUCGCAGCGAAGGGCUACUUCGACGCGCUGGUGCGGAUGGGCGAGCUGGCCAGUGAGAGUCAAGGCGCAAAGGAUCUUGGGGAUGUCCUGUUUCAGAUGGCUGAAGUCCACAGGCAGAUCCAGGUGCAGCUGGAAGAUAUGCUCAAGUCGUUCCACAAUGAGCUGCUGACGGAGCUGGAGAAAAAAGUUGAGCUGGACGCCCGCUACCUGACGGCGGCGCUGAAGAAGUACCAGAUGGAGCACAAGAGCAAAGGGGAGAGUCUGGAGAAGUGCCAGGCCGAGCUGAAGAAGCUGAGGCGCAAGAGCCAGGGCAGCAAGAACCCCUCGAAGUACGGGGAGAAGGAAAUGCAGUUUGUGGAGACAAUCAGCGGCAAGCAAAACGAUCUGGACACCUUCAUCGCCGAAGGCUACAAGACAGCACUGUCGGAGGAGAGGAGGAGGUACUGCUUCCUGGUGGACCGGCAGUGCGCCGUGGCGAAGAACAGCAGUGCCUACCAUGGCAAGGGUAAGGACCUGCUCACCCAGAAGAUCCCGGUGUGGCAGCAGGCCUGCUCGGACCCCUCCAAGCUGCCCGAGCGCGCCAUGCUCCUGGCCCAGCAGAUGACGGCGGGCGCCGGCACCCUGGUCUCCAGCCCCCUGCGCUCCUCCAAGGGCAACCUGACCAUCUCCGACCCCAUCCCCGGGGCCCAGCCCCUGCCGGUGCCCCCCGAGCUGGCCGUCUUCAUGAGCAGCGGCCUGGGCCACCAGGCGAGGCUGAUGGGACCCGACGGCAUGUCCAUGGUCAACGGGACCGCGGGGAUCCACGGGGAGGAGUUCCAGCACUGGGGGGACGGGACCGUGGCCCAGAUCAGACCCUCCUCCCCCCAGGCCCAGUCCCAGGCCCCGCCCCAGAGACAGGUGACUGAAGUCUACUCCAACACCCUGCCCGUCCGCAGACCUGGACCCGCCAAGACCAAGGCCUCGGCUGUGGAGACCCGGACCCUGCCCCGGUCCAGCUCCAUGGCGGCCGGGCUCGAGCGCAACGGUCGAACCCGCGUCCAGGCCAUCUUCUCCCACGCCGCCGGGGACAACAGCACCCUGCUGAGCUUCUCCGAGGGCGACGUCAUCACCCUGCUGGUGCCCGAGGCCCGCGACGGCUGGCACUACGGCGAGAACGAGAAGAACAAGAUGCGUGGCUGGUUCCCCUUCUCUUACACACGUUUGCUGCCAGACAGUGACAGCGAGAAGCUCAAAGUCAAUAGCCUGCACCAUGGGAAGAGCAGCAGCACAGGGAAUCUGCUGGAGAGGGAGGACCUGGUCCUGCACACGCCCGACUACGGCCUGUCCGCGCGCAUGCUGGCACAGAGCCUGGCACAGGGCAGGCCACGCCCCUACAGCAUGGCAGUGCCAGGGUUCCCUCAGCCCGGGACAGAGGAUUAUGACAACCGGUUCCCUAGCAGCGGUCCAGAGUUAUCCAAGUUCUGAGUGACAAGGAACCCCUCCCCCUCCCCCACCCCUGACCCCUUUCUGGAGCUCAGUAUCAGGUCAGCCUUCCACGAUGAUCGUUCCGCCCCCAUCUUCUAUUAGAGGGGUCAUCCUCCACUCACAAAACCAAGGCUCCUGUUGGGGGGAGGGGGGGGGGGGGGGCAGGUGUUUUGGGGGGUUGGGGGUGAAUUGCCUCCCGCCUCCCCCACCCUCUCAUGACCACACGCCCUGAGGACCCUGCCGCCCUUGCGCCCCCCCCCCCCCCUCCCCCUCCGCCUUCUCAACUUCAAGGCCCGAAUGACGGCGCUGCCUCAAGCUUCUUCGCCUGAGAACGGAGCGCGGAGGAACAGACGCGGUCCACUCUUUACACAAAGCGCGCGUUCAUAGGGCCGUCGCAAGGCGCGCAGCAUAGCACCUUUACCGUCCUGGCGCACAGCGCCCCCCACAGCCCAUUUAUUGCCAUUGCGCUGUGUUGUUACACUGUCCUUCUCAAAAGCGUUGCGUUCUCUCUCUGGGGAUCGUUUCACACUGACGCUGAUGUUAUGACGUGUUUGUGAAGGUGCUAUGGCGGCUACUUGGAGGCAUUAUGAAUGUGCUUUCUGUAACGUGAGACCCAAAUGCACUAAAGUGCGUUAAAAGUGUAUAAAUACUCUGUACGGUAUGCAUUCUUACAAAGCUUUAUGUUGAGGAUAGCUCAUGCUGUUUGCUAUUACUGUUUGUGUUCCUGUUGGAUUUUUGAUUAUUUGAUCUGUGUUUGACAGACAGCUUUUUACACCAUAAACUUUGUUUCCAGAAGUUAUUGCACACACAUGUAAGUGAUAGGAAAAGGUUAAAAUGUUUUUUCUUUCUUUCAGCAGUCAUUUGCAUCAAUGCUGUCAAUAACUUUACAUUUCUACUCAUUUUUAAAAUGUGUGACGCUUCAUUAUAAACUUUUAGGUUUUAGCACAGUUGCGACUGGAGACAGUUAAAUGAACCUGUAUGUCUCCAGGUAAAAAAGAAAAACUUUUAGAUUUUCUUAUGCUGUAGGAGUUUGAAAGUUUUAUACAAAUACUGCAAUGAUUUAAAUCAUUUUGUCUUUCAAUUGACAAAGUUAUUUACGAUUGUAUAACUCUGUGUACUGCUGUUAAUAUUGUUGAUGCUGUUGUUCUGAUUAGGCUUUAAUGCCUACACACAGUUUCAAGACAUUUGCGAGAGAAAUGAAUUUUCCAUUCAAACAAAUGAGGGCACACCUGGGGUCAGUCAGAAUUGAGUAAUUUCUAUUUAAUACACUGAUCUUUCUUUUCUCGACAGUUUAAUUGAAUGAAUAACUUGUAAUGAGUGACUCUUUAUAUGGGGUAUAAUACUAUCAAGUGAUAUAAUUUCACGCUCAAAGACAGUUUUGGCUGUGUGCUUAUACGUGUAUAUACGCCACUGUGUGUUUUUUUUUUUUUUUUUUUUAAUGAACCGGGAUUUCUUAUCAAUCGGCGGUACUAGGCGGUUGUCUCUGCAGGAGCGUUUGUACAAUUAGCCCAUUCUAUGUAUAUACCUUUACGCUUAGCCAUGCUGGCUUAAGUUACGAAAAUGUUUAACGAUUAUUACUCUCGAAUCAGGGGUGGUACGACAGAUGUAGAUUUUGGUUUUUGGACCGCUCAUAUAUUGGCUUUUAGACACUUAAGAAGUGACAGAGGGGUUCGUAUCGGACGUCGGUGUCAUUUGUUGUUGGUUUACCCAGAAUAUAGGCCCUAUUAAACAGAAAAUGCAAUAAUGCGAUGUAAGAUUGUUGGAACAUUACGGAUGCUACAGCCAAAUUCGUGUGUACCUCAGCAAUCUCCGUCUGUGGAUGUAGUGAAAUCUCCAAAAGAUUUAGCCGGCAAGAUCCUCCGCUCGCCUUGCUGCAUUGCCUAAUUGCAUUAAAUGCUGGACCGAUGCGGUGCACAUGCGGCGAAGCGCUUGAACGAGACAGCAUUCCAUUCCGCAAAGUUUCUAUAUCGCCCUUGCGUAGACGUGAAGUUGAGGGAGCGUCCAUGUGUUCAACUGUGCCUUCCACUGCAGUUGUUGGUUUUCCGUGCGUUCGCGGAUUUGAAAAAAAAAAAAAAAAAAAGCCCAUGUAUUCUGACUAGAAAUAGACGGGAGGAACCAAAGCACAAAAUAACCAAAACUGCAACUUGCUUUGAUGACAUCUGAUACUGUGUUAAUGUGUUAUUAGUAGUCUUAUUAUUUGUUAAGUAUUGCAGUUUUUUCCUUUGCUUACUGGAAAAUAGAAAAUAUAAAGAACUGUUGAAAAUCUUAUAGUAUAGCCUACUACUAUGUUAAGGUUUUUUUUUUCAUUUUGUUCAUGUUUAUAUAGUACGAACGAAAGGACGAAGAACGCUUUCGGGUUUUUGUGUUUGUGAGUAAAUAUGGCUUAAUUCCUUGUCACGCAACUAUGCGUAAAUAAUGGCACUUAAUAACGGCAUUUUCACUGCAUUUAACAUUGUAUUAUUGAAAAUAGAAUAACAUUUAGGCUAGACUGUAGCGGAAUUUGCAACAGAUAGCAGUGGCGUUAAGGUAAAGGUAAAAGGUUCGAGUGUUAGAAACUGUGCAGGUUGAAAAAAAAAAAAAAAAACAGUACACCGGAUACUAAAUGAUCGGCGUCGCGUCGUUUAUGUGUGUAUGCGAAACAGAACGUUCCUUUUGUGUUUUCGUGUGUGCAUUUGGAUAUGCCUGCGUGAGGAGAAAAUUGAUUGAGAAAUACUUUUUGUUCGUUAAUACUAGGACAAGAAAUGGCCAUAGAAAUUUGAAAUGUUAUUUUUUAUAAAUGAUGCGUGUGCGUGCGUGCGUGCAUACGUGUGCGUGUGUGUUAAAAGGCCAGGCAGUUUAAACGGAUUUUUAAGGUUUCCUGUUUUGUAUGCACUUCCCUUCUUUCUUGGCAGUUUCAGUUGUUCUGUGUACCCAUGUGCUGUAAAAACUCCUGAAUUGCUCUGUAUAAAAUGGAACAAAAUAAAGUUGAUGAAACUA